AUGACCAUCUUCCUAGACACAUAUCCGUGCUUCAUGCACGGAAUGAACCUCCGGGUGGAAUCUAGGUUGCGAGACACCCGCCAGAUCGCCCCCCAAGGUCGUUUUUCAGUGCGGCUGGCGCACGCGUUCCGUCAUUUUCGGGUUUACAGCAGCGGUGAAAGUCCUUUCAGUCACCAGGACCCAGGGGACUCUGGACUCAAGUCCGUCAGGAGAAAGCAGUCCGCCGGGCGUGACGGCUCAUCGUGGGCCAGGAUCACGGUGACGUUCAACAUUAACAACAGCAUCCCGCCGACGUUUGCUGGGGAGGAGGAGCCCUCCCAGGGGCAGAAGGCGGAAGAACAGGAGCCCGAACUGACGUCCACUCCCAAUUUCGUGGUGGAGGUUAUAAAGAACGGCGGCAAGAAGGCCCUGGUUCUGGACUGUCACUAUCCGGAAGAUGAGGUGGGGCAGGAAGAGGAGGACGAGAGUGACAUCUUCGCCAUCAGAGAAGUGAGCUUUCAGUCGGUUGGCGAGUCUGAGUGGAAGGACACGAACUACACGCUCAACACGGACUCCCUGGACUGGGCCUUAUACGACCACCUGAUGGACUUCCUGGCCGACCGGGGGGUGGACAACACUUUCGCCGAUGAGCUGGUGGAGCUCAGCACGGCCCUGGAGCACCGGGAGUACAUCACUUUUCUCGAAGACCUGAAGGGGUUCGUCAAGAGCCAGUAAGCCAGACCAGAGCAGACGUUGAACGCCUUGCGUUUACGGCAGGCUUUGGCCAGGGGACAAGCCCGCUCUGGAGCUAGACACGCGUGCUUGGAGACGGUUUUCGUGCUGAUAUCAUGGAAAAUAAUUCAGAUUUAAAUUAUUUCUGUUGCCCUCUUAUUUACUGUUCGUUGACUCCUCCUCUAGGCUCUGUCGCUCCUGGAAUUUUGUAUAACAGAAUGACGGA